ACAUCAUUAGGGUAGAUGUUUACUGGGCUGCUCCGUCCCCACGAGCGGGCUUGCGCGUGUCGCGGGCCUCACCCGGGAGCCCCGCAGGCGGGGAGGAAGGCAGGCGCCGCCGUCGCUCGCCGUCCGCUGGGCGGGCGAUGUCUGCAGGCGGGCGGUGCCGGGGGCGGCGCCGACGGCCGCGUCCCGUCCCCGGCCGGGCAGCGAGGGAGGGACUGGUGGGAGGCUGCCGCCGCCGCCUGGCCACGGCGGCUCCGUACUCUCGACGGGCACCCAAGGAGGGCUCUGCCGUCCCCGCCUCCCCGGGAGCCGCCGGGGAUGGGGAACGCCGAGAGCGGGGAGCCGGGCGGGGGCUCCGGGCUGCUGCCGCCCCCGCCGGGGAAAGUGCCCAUGCCGGACCAGGGGGAGCUGGAGGAGAGAUUCGCGAUGGUGCUGAGCUCCAUGAACCUCCCUCCUGACAAGGCUCGUCUCCUCCGACAAUAUGACAACGAGAAGAAAUGGGACCUCAUUUGCGACCAGGAACGAUUUCAGGUGAAGAACCCACCCCACACAUACAUUCAGAAACUGAAGAGCUUCCUUGACCCAGGAGUCACCCGGAAGAAGUUCCGUCGGAGGGUGCAGGAAUCCACCAAAGUGCUGAGGGAGCUGGAGAUCUCUCUAAGGACCAACCACAUUGGGUGGGUGCGCGAGUUUCUCAAUGACGAAAACAAAGGCCUGGAUGUGCUGGUGGAUUAUCUCUCCUUUGCUCAGUGUGCAGUGAUGUUUGAUUUUGAGGGCCUGGAAAGUGGUGAGGAUGGAGCGCUGGAAAAGCUGAAAUCCUGGAGCAGGUCCAUAGAGGAUCUGCAGCACCCCAGCACCCUGUCUGCACCCUACGCCAACAGCCUUGCUCGCUCUGCGCGCCAGUCUGCCCUCCGAUACACCACCCUUCCCAGCAGGAAAGCCCUGAAGAACUCACGGCUGGUUAGCCAGAAGGAUGACGUCCACGUUUGCAUCCUGUGCUUACGAGCCAUUAUGAACUACCAGUAUGGAUUCAAUUUGGUCAUGUCUCAUCCUCACGCUGUCAAUGAGAUUGCCCUCAGCUUGAACAAUAAGAACCCCAGGACAAAAGCCCUGGUGUUAGAACUGCUGGCAGCUGUUUGUCUGGUGCGUGGCGGCCAUGAGAUCAUUUUGGCUGCUUUUGAGAAUUUCAAGGAGGUUUGCAAAGAGCAGCACCGCUUUGAGAAGCUGAUGGAGUAUUUCCGCAACGAGGACAGCAAUAUUGACUUCAUGGUGGCUUGUAUGCAGUUCAUCAACAUCGUGGUGCACUCUGUUGAGGACAUGAACUUCCGUGUGCACCUACAAUAUGAGUUCACCAAACUAGGUCUGGAAGAGUUCUUACAGAAGUCGAGACACACGGAAAGCGAAAAGUUGCAGGUGCAGAUCCAGGCUUACCUGGACAACGUAUUUGAUGUCGGAGGGCUGCUGGAGGAUGCCGAGACCAAGAACGUAGCGUUGGAGAAAGUGGAGGAGUUGGAAGAACAUUUAUCACAUUUGACAGAAAAGCUUCUGGAUCUGGAGAAUGAAAACAUAAUGCGGGUGGCAGAGCUGGAGAAACAGCUGCUACAGCGGGAGAAGGAGUUGGAGAUUGUCAAGGAAACCUACGAAAGUGCCAGCAACCAGGUCCACACCCUGCGCAGAAUAAUCAAGGAGAAGGAGGAGGCUUUCCGACGCCACUAUACCUCUCGCCCAACAGGGGGAGACCACCUGCCGCUGCCGCCACCUCCAGGGGCGGAGGUCAACUUCAGCGACAUCCCCGAGGAUGACCUCCGCCUCCCGGUCCUGCCUCCCAUGGAGGCUGCCCCUCCACCCCCGCCCCCUCCUCCGCCUCUCCCCCCACCCCCUCCUCCGCUACCGGAUAAGUGUCCGCCAGCUCCACCACUUCCAGGGACGUCUCCCUCUGUGAUUCUCACUAUGGGCUUAUCAGCAAUCCGGAUUAAGAAACCCAUCAAGACGAAAUUCCGCUUGCCGGUCUUUAACUGGACGGCCUUGAAGCCCAACCAGAUCAGCGGCACAGUCUUCAGUGAGCUGGAUGAUGAAAAGAUCUUGGAGGACCUUGAUCUAGACAAGUUUGAGGAGCUCUUUAAGACCAAAGCCCAAGGCCCGGCCAUUGACCUCCUCUGCUCUAAGAACAAGGCAUCGCAUAAGGCAGCCAACAAGGUCACCCUGCUGGAAGCCAACCGGGCCAAGAACCUUGCCAUCACCUUGCGCAAAGCAGGGAGGAGCACGGAGGAGAUCUGCAAAGCCAUUCACACGUUUGACCUGAAGACGCUUCCGGUGGACUUUGUGGAGUGCCUCAUGCGCUUCCUGCCGACGGAGAACGAGGUCAAGCUCCUGCGCCAGUAUGAGAAGGAGCGGAAGCCGCUGGAGGAGCUGUCGGACGAGGACCGCUUUAUGCUGCACUUCAGCAAGGUGGAGCGCCUGACGCAGCGCAUGGCCAUCAUGGCCUUCCUGGGCAACUUCAGUGAGAACAUCCAGAUGCUCAUGCCGCAACUGAGUGCAAUCAUUGCUGCCUCUGCAUCUGUCAAGUCUUCACAGAAGCUCAAGCGCAUGUUGGAGAUCAUCCUCGCCCUCGGCAACUACAUGAACAGCAGCAAACGUGGUUCGGUUUAUGGUUUUAAGCUGCAGAGUCUUGAUCUGCUGUUGGACACCAAGUCGACGGACCGGAAGCUAACCCUCUUGCACUUCAUUGCCAUGAUGGUGAAGGAGAAAUACCCUGAGCUGAGCACCUUCUGGCAGGAACUGCACUUUGUGGAGAAAGCAGCUGCAGUAUCCCUGGAGAACGUGCUGCUGGAUGUGAAGGAGCUGGGGCGUGGGAUGGAGCUGAUCCGGCGGGAGUGCAGCUUGCGUGACCAUAGCAUCCUGCGCAGCUUCCUGAACGCCAAUGAGGGCAAGCUGGACCGGCUACAGAAAGACGCUAAGACUGCGGAGGAGGCCUACAACACGGUUGUGCGCUAUUUCGGCGAGAGCCCCAAGACGACACCGCCAUCCGUUUUCUUCCCGGUCUUUGCGCGCUUCAUCCGAUCCUACAAGGAUGCAGAGCAAGACAACGAGAUGCGUAAGAAGCAGGAACAGGCCCAAAGAGAGCAGGCGCUGGCCCAAGAAGCCAAGAGGCUGGAGAAGUUGCCUUUGCAGCGCAACAAGUGGCAGCAGCAAGAGUUGAUUGCGGAGCUGAGGCGGCGCCAGGCCAAGGACCACCGGCCUGUUUAUGAAGGCAAAGAUGGGACCAUUGAGGAUAUUAUCACCGAGCUCUGCAUACCCUGCCUUUCCAACGGGCUAAUGCUGCAUUCCCAACAGCCCAGGCCUAGUUCUCCUUUUGCCAAAGAAAAAAAAAACUUCCAUCCUUUCAAACAUUUUAAGCUGAAGAACCAAAGGGACAUUUAGGAAGUGCCUUACUGCGACAGUAUUAUUGUUAUUCUCUUAUUAUUUAAGGUGUAUUUUUUAAUCUGUACAUAUAUGACCUUUCCCGUCAGCCCUUGCUCCUCCUGUCCCCUCGCUGAGCCAGCUCUGAAGGACAAGGCUGUUUCGGUUGUUUAGAAGUGCCUUUGGCCAGCAGGUGUCUGGCUUGCCCCUUCUCAAGCCACAGCCCUUCUUUGAGCAUCCGGACCAAAAUUGCACUUUGACUGGAUUGAGACAGAGGACAUCAGCAUGGCUGGAGUCACAAUGCAAUGCGGGAGUGUGGGGUGUUUUCUUUGGGGGGGGGAGUAUUUCCAUUAGUAGACCUUUGUGUAUGGCGCAUAGUUUUGUGGACCAGCAACGUUUUUCUGGAGCAGCCUUCAGCAAUACUGUGUUCUUCUUGGAGCAGCAGUCUAUUGAGCUGGCAUUGAAGAGCUUAAAAGCUAGGCGCCGAUGGCCUUUCGAAAAACCACUGGAAUCCUUCUUCAAAAGGGGAAACCUUCAGACCAAAAGUCUCAUGUCUCAACUGCACGAAGUGACCCUGGUGUUCGCACAGCAGAGAAACGACGGUGAUGAGCCAACCAUUGAUUAUCAAAAGAAAGAUCUUAGGUAGGUUACAGGCAACUUUUGAUGCUGCCCAGUUUUUAAUUUUUUUAGUUUUCUUAUUCUCAUUAUUUUCCAGAGGACCAAAUUAUGCUUCCAGUUCAUGUAUGGUGUUUUAGAUACAGCUUUCUUCUCAUUUACUGGACCAAAUGCCUUAAUUCUCACCAGGUCAAAUCUAGCUUGCCUGCUAUGUCCUCUUGAACCCCUCAGAACAAGCACCAAUGGUUAUGUAUGAAUGUUGCAUCUUUCAGAACCAGCUAGGGACGGGCGGAUCCAUCUUAUUUCCCAAUUGUGUCAAUUUUGUAUGUGAUCGUUCAUAAGUCUGUUCCUGCAUUAAUGUGCAGUAUUUUUUCUAAUGUACCAAAAUCUGUUCUUAAAUAUGUAUUUUAUCUCAGUGUAUGCAUUUCUAAAUGCAUGUCAUCCUAAAAUAUGCCUUUUUGACGCAUUUUGGUACAUUGUUUGACCUGAGAAUUUUUAUUGCAAAAUCCAGAGGACAAUUAUGUUCUGAACUGUGUAUUUGUCCAGGGUGGCUGCAUGGCAACUUUGUUGAUUCACUUUAAAAGGGGGACAGAACGAAACUCUCCUCCAUCCCUAAGGCCAGGUAUACAUUUGUAUACCUGCGGUAAAAACACUAAAUUGUAGCCUGGGAAUCAUCCUCAAGAAGUUAAAUGCUGCAGGUAACAAAAAUAGCAAGUGAGAUAUUAGCAUGCAGGAGGGAGCCAUUUUGUAGCCAUUAAUUCAUUACUGUCAAAAUGGUGCCCCUCUCUACUUCCCAUUAAGUAACAUGGAACAGAACCCAUCAGCGAACGUUUCAUUGAAAUAAAUGGAAUGAGCUCAUUAAUAUCAGUGAGACUUUCAGCAAAUAACUUUCCAGUCGAUGUUACCUCAUGAGGGUGCCAGGAAUCAGCCGCCUCUGGUACCUGACUCAUCAUACUAAAAGGUAGACCACUUUUGGCCCUUGCACUAUGAUGGCCAAUUGCUGCCUUCCUAUCUGAACCUCGGUCUCAGUUUCCAGGCCAUGAUGUUUCUUAAGACAAUCGGAAAAAGAGGACCCACUUUAUCUCCUCUUAACCUGCUUUAAUGCUUCCCCGCGACCAAAGAUGUUAGUCCAGAAGUUAUCAGAGCUGCAGAUAGCAUUAGGAUAAAGCCAUUUGACAAUGAAAGCAGGAUUGCUUCUUCAAUUGUUUUUAAUUCAGGGAAUCAACUUUACUCCCUUGGGGGUUUAGCCACUUUCUGGAAGCAGGAAGCAAUUAGCUUUAUGUGAAAGAGGUUUAUAUAGAUCUUAAUAUACCAAAGAGAUCUUUAGAUAGGGCUGGCUCCAACAGAGCUUACGAAUAUGAAAUUGUCCUUUUUCCUGUAUUUGAAUAUUCAUCCAUAUUUCUUUCCAAGGCCGACCCAGGUGAGUCCUGUUGAUCUUUUGACCCCAGGCUCCAAAGCAUGGCCAACUACUCACAAGAGCAUUUGCACAGCAGAAUGCUCCUAUGUGACUUUGGUUCCAUAAGUCUGUGGAGAGAUAACUGGGAUUUCAGAACACGUGGCAUCCUAGUUAUCUAGACAAUGGAAGGAAUCAACCACUUGAUCAGGAAGGAUUCAGCAAAUCCUUCUGCUUGGGCACACCUGCGAAAAGCAGUGAUGCUUGGCGUUCUAGAGCGUUAGUCAUGGCAGAAGCAUCUCCCUGCAUUAACCGUCUGUAUAUAAACCGUGCCAAAGACUCUCAGGGUGACUCUUGCAGGGAACCCAGUGCUUAUGGCUGAGCUAUUGUGUCCCGGGAAAAAUUGGCUCUGUGGUUUAGGCCCAGCACCCCUGCUAGGUUUGCACCUGUGGAUUUGAAUCCUGCCCAAAGGCAACCCGAGGCCUGUAUUUUAGAUGAGACCCCUUAGGAGCCUAAAGCCUGCACUUCAUAAGGUUCCAGGUUCAGGCCUCUCCCACUCUGCCUGAGACCUUAGAAAGCCAUUGCCAGUCUGAACGAACAGGGCUAGAUGGACUGAUGCAGCUUUAUAUGUUCAUCCUGUGCAUGGUUACUCAGAUGUAAAGCCCAUUGAAGUCAAUGGUGCUUACUCCUAGGUAAGGAAGCCUUAGAGCAAGGCCCCAUCACUUUGCUGGGGAGCAGCAGAGCAGAAUGGGUUGUAAAUUUUGGAGCUCUGUGGAACAGAAAAUAAUUCUGCCGAAAGAACUGCCAGGUCCUAGACUGACUCAUUUCUUUUCCUUUUUGGUCAUUGUAUGCUGGAUAUAUUUUGCCUUUUGUUUCUGUCCUGUGAAUAUGAAGGUCUGACGUUAAACUUCCAUGUAAACUAUUUCUCGAAUGUUUUUUUAAAAUAUUCAAAGCAGCAGUCUCCAAACCAUUUGUGGGUGAGGUGGAGAAAUCAGUGACCAGGUUUGGGAACCCAGAUAUUCCAAAGAAGCCAACCCCCCACCCCCACCGCAAAAUCCAGCAGCCAUUUCCACCUCAACAUACUUUGCAUAUCAGCUACCAUCUUCCCUCAAUAAUCCAGCUGCCUCUAACUUCCCAAUUAGCACAGGUUACCUGCAAGGAACCUUGCAUCUUCCUCAACAGCUAGGUUCACUGAGAGGAAGGCCACUAGGCUGGGAAGUAUGUCCACUGAAAUCAGUCACAUCAUCCCAUUCAGAGGAGGGGCAAGUGUUGAUUGAGCCACUAAAGGCACAGGUAAAUCUGCUGUGGGUCAGCCCAGUGUCCAACAUUCUGUUUCCAAUGGUGACCAGCCAGAUGCUCCCUGGAAGUCCUCUGUGUACAUUUCAUCUAAGCAAGUUUACUGGCCUUUAAAUAGGUUUGCAAUCAGCUACUCGGUUGGUUAUUCCAAGUGACCAGAUGGGGAAACUGGGGGCAGUGCAGGGAGGUAGCUGAGGCCAGGAAAUGCCAACAGAGAUAUUAGUGACUCAAUGCACUAGCCGUUCUCGUAGACUAGUAACUUUUGCAGACUUUAUUUGCAAGGCUGCCUUUAUCCACUCUGUAAUAUGCAUACGUGCAGAGAACAGUAAAAUAACCCACCAUUUCAAUGCCUACUUAAUAGGUUAAGUGGAAAUUUGAAUUCAUGUUGGUGGUUAUGAGGAUGGAACUGUGGCAUCAGUGUUAUUUUUCGGAAAGCUCAUAUACCAGGAGGGUGGUCAAAGGAAUCUGGUAAGGAAAUAAGGCUUGCGCUCUUGGUCUGAUGGCCCAGUUACAGAUAAAGACCUGGCAGCCCUAUCUGCAACUGGAAGGCAGCGGAAGAGAAACAGCUUUGUGGGUGGGAUGGGCAGAUACAGGGCAGAAUGUAUUUAGAAGCAGUAAGUGAAACGUGGGAAAGAAGGAGCAUGGGAAACACUAAUAGAGGCGCUGGGGAUGUAUGUUAUGUACGUAUGUGUGCAAGAGAGAAAUUCUGACUGGUUCAAUUUGAUUUAUAUCCUGGUGGUGUAUUAGGAAGGAUUGGGAUGCGAGUGAUGCACUCAGUCACUUGGAGACACCCCCCCCCCAAUUUGCUUUUGUAGGAUAAAGCAUGAGUGUUCCUGCCCAAACUAAAAGCAUGCCCUAGAAUCCCUUAGUUUUUCACAUGUAGUGUGUAUUUGGGGCUGCACUUUUAAUCCCACUCUUGACGUCACAUCUUCCUUCAACAACUGUGUUGCAUGCAGUUGUGCCUAGAGAAAACCCGACACAUGAGCUCCUACUCCUUUGUACAUCUGGGACACCUGCACAAUCAGAGGCUCUUCCAAGCAAAUCUAUUUAUUGGACGUUGAUCCUGAUUUCAAAAAGUUCGUGAGAAGGAGAUAGAUAUAUGAUGCCCACUGCUUAUUGAGCAUUCAUUCCGAAUUGUGUGGUUUUAUGACAUUGCAUUAAGCAGUUGUUAACCCUCACCUUCCCUUGUUUCCCCAUCACUUUCCUUGCCACAAAAAGUCAAUUUUUAACAAUGGAUGUGCCUUCAUUGUGCAUGAGUGCAAAAUCCACUUUAAUUGCAUGGUCUAAAUUUGCUGGCAUAUUAUUGAAUUCCACCUGCAAAAUAGUGACCAUCUGGAAGAGGCCCAGGUGCUUCAUUACACAAGAGCUCUUAAACCUUGAUGCUAGACCAGAGUGAUCCAUUUACACAGCCCAUUGCCACAACAGUAUGAACCCUAACCUAAGUAAUUACUUGGCUCUGGGUUCCUCUACUCUUAGGUGACCACUUUAAAUCAUGAGCCCAACUUGCUUACAGGAGGAGGGAGUUGGAUCUUGUUCACACACGCAAUCUGUUGAUUUACUGCAACAGGAAUUGCAUGUUUGAGGCUGCAAGGCUAUAUUCACUUGCCUGAGAGCAAGUUCCAUUGAAUUCACUGGGGCCUACUUCUAAGUAGUCAUAUGCAGGGUUACACUGUGCAAAUGAGUUGUCACCAGAUAAGCCAGAACAUGUAAUCCCAAAUGGAGGAGCUGGUUCGCUCAUUCAGCUGCCACACAUCUCCUUGAGGAAGCAACAUAUAUUGGCUGUGACAGUACAUAGCAAUUCCUUGCAGAGGAAUAAAAUGCUGCUCCUUCCUCCAAGGAGCUCUGGGUGGCCAACAAAUUUCUCCCCUCGCCACACUCCCAAUUUCAUCCUCGCAACAUCCUGUGAAGUGGGUUAGGGUGUGAGAGUGACUGGCCAAAGUGGAGACUUGAACGGAGGUCUCCCCAGACCUCCUCCCAAUUCUCUAAGCCACUACACCAGAUUGGUCUCAGUACCCCUUUGACUCCUAGAAGAUGGGGAGAAACAGCAGAGCAAACACUGGGCUCUAGUUUGGAGCUUCCUGGAAGCACCUGGCUGGCUUAUUUUGGAAACAGAAUUGGGCCUUGCUUUGACUCAGUGAUGGACACGGAUAUGUGAAUCAGCUCCCUUAAUACACCACCACCAGCAGCAAGCUCACAUACUUGUGCAAUGAUUCUUUUGCAGCAGAUUUGAGGAAAUCCGACUCUUGUGAAUGUAUAUGGUUUUUUUCUGGCACAAGGUUGUCGCAUUUAGGUUUCCUGCACUGUAUACCCAAAGCUUACAGGACACGCUCACAUGACACAUUUGUCUUUGCUAGCAAAGAAACAGAGCUCUCUGUCAGCAGCCGCCAACCUGUGGGGGCUCAUGGGCACAUUUGCAAACUGGAGAAAGUGCUGCAGGCCUCUCUCUUACACACAUACAUACCCCAAUGCUUCUUUCAAGCUGAACUUGGGGGAGGGGACCACAUGGGCAAAAGGGAGGGCCUUUGUGGGCACAUUUGCACCCACGGGCACCAUGCUGGAAGCCCUGCUCUAAGUCUUAAAAAAUAAAAUAAAGGUGGGUGUGAAACUGCUUACAAGUACGCACAGGGAACACUAUUUUAACACUAAUUGGAAGUGGGGAAGCUGGGCUACAGACACAGUUGCUUCUGGAGCAAACACUAUUUCCCCACCCACCCAAAAAGCAAAAGGGACCAACCACCCCUUCAAAGGCCUUUGCCACAGCUAAGAGGGCAAGCAAGGCUCAAUCCAAGCAGGCUGGAAUCUUCCUGGUGCUGCUUCUGGACAGUUUACAGCGUAUCCACUCCAUCGUAGUCCUUUUGUGUAGCUAGAUGUAACUUUUUGUACAUGUGAAAUAUUAUUGACUGUAUUGUAAGCCAGUGCCUCCUCUCCCGCCCGCCCCCCUUUGAACUGUACAGAAUUUCUACUAAUGGGAGAAGGCGGAGAAAAUAAAACAAACAAAUGAAAAGGCUAUCCACCUGA